CAUCUUACCCAUGCGGCCGCCGGUCGGAUUAUAAAUCAUAAUAAAAAUUGAAUUUUGAAGAAUAUUUUGUUUUUAAAUUUUAAUAAUAUUGAAUUUAUCCUCAACUACAAACGAUACUGGCAAGUAUGCCUACAAACGUGUAUAGAGUCCAAGGGCCCGAAGGGACCGUACCUUACCAACAAUAUUUAAUCGAGAGAAAUAAUAAUAAACUUGAAGAAAUUGCCACAAGUUUAAUGAAGGAUGUGCGAUGUGAUGGCAGAGAUAUUUCAGCCCAUAGAAAUUUAUGUAUCAAAACUGGUAUUGUUACACAAGCUAAGGGAUCAGCUUAUUUAGAAUGUGGUAGUACAAAAUUAAUAUGUUCUGUAUUUGACCCUAAAGAAGUUCCAAAUAAAGUAGAAUAUGCUAAAACUGGAGAACUUCAAUGUGAAUUUAAAUUUGCUACAUUUUCAUGUAGACAACGGCGCACUUACACAAGAGAUUCCGAAGAACGGCAAUUGUGUAAUGAACUACGCAGAGCUUUAGAACCUGCUAUUUGUAGAGGUGAAUUCGCAAAUUUUGAAAUUCAUAUUAACGUUCUGGUAUUAGAAAAUGAUGGAUCUGUGUUGGCUGCUGCAAUUACAGCUGCCGGACUUGCAUUAAUGGAUGGAUGUAUACCUAUGUACGAUGUGAUCGUUGCCACUUCAUUGGGUAUUUACAAAAAUAAAAUUUUAGUGGAUCCAACAUAUGAUGAGGAAACAUUAUGCUCAUCAACGAUAGACAAUGGAGAAAACAGAGGCACUGUCAUGUUAGCUUAUAUGAAGAAUUUGCAACAGAUUACAGAAUUUGCUCAAAAUGGUUCAAUGGAUGUCAACAUGUUUCCAGAAUAUGUACAAAUAUUGACUAAUCAUAAUUGUAAACUAUACAAACUGGUGAUUUCUGCAGCCAGGAAAGAUGUUAUUGAACAUUUUGAAAAUGAAAAUGAAUAAUAAUAUAUAAAAUUAAAUAAUAAGAGAAUAAAAUAUUAUUUUAAAUGUUAAAGCUGUAAUUACAUACAAUGACAUUUGUUUUAAUAAUUUAAAAUUUAAAUAAAACCAGGUUUUUAUUUC